GCUUUUUACCAGGGAUAUGCCACGGGACCUUACCAGCCGGUGCCCGGCUAUCUGGAUGUGCCUGUGGUGUCCACUAUUGGGGCGCCGGGGGAGCCCAGGCAUGAACCCCUACUGCCCAUGGAGAGCUACCAACCCUGGGCCAUCACCAAUGGAUGGAAUGGGCAGGUCUACUGUGCCAAGGAGCAAGGCCAGCCUGCCCACCUCUGGAAAUCCACCCUACCGGACGUAGUUUCCCAUCCGUCAGACGCUAAUAACUACAGACGAGGCAGGAAGAAGCGAGUCCCAUAUACUAAAGUCCAACUUAAAGAACUAGAAAGGGAAUAUGCUACCAAUAAAUUCAUCACUAAGGACAAAAGGAGGAGAAUAUCUGCAACCACCAACCUGUCAGAAAGGCAGGUCACUAUCUGGUUCCAGAACAGAAGAGUCAAAGAGAAGAAAGUCAUCAAUAAACUGAAGACCACCAGUUAA